CGGSGGAGGCGGUGCCGGUACCCACGUGUGCGCGGGACGAUGGCGGCGGUGCCGGGGAUCCCGGGCACCCAGGGCAUCCAGGGCAUCCAGACAUGCCUCAGGGUGGCGGGAGCGGCCGCGGCUCGCCCCGAGUGCUUCCUCAGUGUGCAGGAUGGACUGGCUGCCGACUUCAGAGCAAUGACAAAGACUCUCUACGAUUUGAAUAAAGGAAGUAACAUAGUUCGUGGGGGUCCUCUAAAAGAGCUGGUGAUAGAAAAUUUUGAUGAAGAACAGAUUUGGCAACAACUAGAGCUCCAGAACAAUGCAGUUCUCGAUUUCUUCAAGAAAUCCAUUGCAAGAGAUGCUGAGGAUGAAGAUCUUUGCCUUCUCUCAGACCRAGAAGAGAAUGGUUCUGAUGCAGAGACCAGCAGUGACAAGGAAUUGGAAGACAACAUAAUGGAAGCAGAAACUGAACRGAAGAAUGUUUAUACAAAAGAUAAAGAGAAAACUAAAGCUAAAGAAAAACAAAGUAAASUGAGAGAAAGCAUAGAGCAGGAAUACAGUGAUGAGGAUUCUGAUAUUGACUUUGAUAUUACAGCWCUGGAGCAACAAGCUAAAACAGCAAAGGAAACCACACUGAAAAAAAGGGGAAGAAAAUCUGUGGUGGAUGAUAAAUUUUUCAAGCUGGCUGAUAUGGAAGCUUUUUUAGAACAUGCAGAGAAGGAAGGCAAGGAAGAAGAAGAAGAUGAUGAUAUAAAUUAUUUUGAAGACAUUAUCUCAGAUGAUGAGGAAGAAGACUCUGAAGAAGCCAAACCAAUUAAAAGUUCCAGAGAUAUGACAUACAAAGAUUUCUUUGAUCCAGUUGAUGAUGAUGAUGGYGAUGAUGAUUUAGUAGCUAAUGAUAUUGAGGGUGAUCAGGAAGAGGAAGCAGAYGGUGCUGUUGAAGAGCAAAAUGAAGAAAGUAUGUCUGAGUUUGAGGAUAUGGAUGAAAUGGUGGAACACAUGAGAAGUAAAGAAGCUUCUAAAAAAGUAACUUUUAGUUUGCCAGAUGACAGUGAAACAGAAGAUGUAACAGAAGUGCAAUUAGAGAAGGGCAUUGAUCCUGGUGAAAUAAAGUCAUCUUUUGAGAAGAGACAGGAAAAGAUGAGCAAAAAAAUAAAAAGYUUAGAAGAUGCACUGUUAGAGGAGAAACCUUGGCAACUUAAAGGAGAAGUGACUGGACAAAAACGCCCUGAGAACAGCCUUUUGGAAGAAACAGUACUUUUUGACCAUGCAGUCCGAAUGGCACCUGUGAUCACAGAAGAAACUACUUUUCAGCUUGAAGAUAUCAUUAAACAGAGAAUAUUGGAUGAGGCAUGGGAUGAUGUAGUACCAAAAGAAAAGCCCAAAGAGGAAGCUUUUGAGUACAAGAAACGGAUCAGUUUGGAUCAUGAAAAGAGUAAACUGAGUCUCGCUGAAAUUUAUGAGCAAGAAUACAUGAAACUUCACCAGCAAAAGACUGAAGAGGAAGAAAAUCCUGAACACAAAGAAAUUCAGGAAAUGAUGGAUUCACUCUUCCAGAAGCUGGAUGCACUUUGUAAUUUCCACUUCACACCCAAACCACCGGUGCCAGAAGUUAAAAUCGUGUCAAACCUUCCAGCUAUAAGUAUGGAAGAAGUAGCACCAGUUGCUGUCAGUGAUGCUGCUCUCUUAGCACCAGAGGAGAUCAAGGAAAAGAACAAAGCUGGUGAUGUAAAAACRGAUGCAGAAAAGACUCCCACAGACAAAAAAAGAGAAUUGAGAAGGAAAAAGCUCCGUAAACGUAUGAGGCAAAGAGAAAGGGAAAAACGUCAAAAGCUUCUUGAAAAGAUGAAACCAGAACAAGGCACAAAACUCAGCAAAAAAGCUGCUGCAGCRAAAUUAAAAAAGCUUACAAAAGAAGGCAAAGCAUCUCUGCUCAAGGAUGAAGGUAAAGACAAGGCCUUGAAAUCAUCCCAGGCCUUCUUUUCUCAGCUACAAGAUCAAGUGAGAAUGCAAAUCAAAGAUGCAAGCAAAUUAAAGAAGAAACAAAAGAAGGAGAAGGCACUCUCUGUUCAUAAACUGAAAUUGUAAAUUACCUAUUUUUAUAUGUUGCAUCUUGUAUAUAUUAAAAUGGUUUU